AGAGGAGUGCGCAUGCGCGGCGGUGUGAAGCAGAAGAAGUUGCAGGGAAGUGUUUGAAGUGCAGGGAAGUGGCUGAGGGAGCGUGGGGAAAUAUCUCCUGGAUUCCUGUGAGGAGUGGGUGUGCGCGCUGCGGAGUGAUACAUUGUACUGCCGCACUGGGCAUCUGCUAUUGUCUGUGUUAUUGACUGUGGGAGCGGGAGGGAUACAUUGUAGCUCCUGUAACCUCCUGUCACUAUUUAGGGAGUGUGGGAAAGUCUCAGUCACUAUCUAGGGAGUGUGGGGAAAUAGUGCAGUGGGUACAGCAUAGAGAUCCCCAUUGUAUCUGCUGCUGCCAGUGAGAACUUGUAUUGGCACAGGAUGAGGGACCGGACCAAGGAGCUCAGGCAGGAUGACAGCGACUCGGAGGCUGAUGAGCACAAGGUUUUCAUUGUGACUGUAUCCAAUGGGAGCAAAGAUGAGACGGAAAUUAAUGAGCAGUUUUUACAGACGACCCGCCAGAUACGGGACUCGCUGCAACUUCUCCGGGAGAAAGUCAAAGAGCUGGAUGCAAGUCAGAUGAAAGUCCUCACUACACCCAUCCCCGAGGAGAAUAUGAAGAAGGAUUUACAGGAGAUUCGGGAAGACAUUAAACGCAUGGCCAAAGAUAUCCGCGCCAAACUCCAGAGUAUUGAAGUGAAGGAGGAUGAAGAGCAUAUCCGAAGUUCUGUGCAUGCACGCAUGAGAAAAACACAGCACGGGGUCCUCUCUCAGCAAUUCAUUGAGCUGAUUAAUCACUGCAACAGUCUGCAGACCCAGUACAGGGAUAACAAUGUGAAGAGGAUCAAGCGGCAGCUGCAGAUCACCGGACACAAUGUCACCGAUGAGCAGUUUGAUGAGAUGCUGGAGACUGGGCAGACUGACGUGUUCACGUGCAAUAUCCUUAAGGACACGCAGCUCACUAAGCAGGCUCUGAAUGAGAUAGAAGCCCGCCAUGAGGAGAUUAUGAAACUGGAGAAGAGCAUUGUGGAGCUGCACGACAUGUUCAUGUAUUUGGCCAUGGAGGUAGAAGCCCAGGGUGAAACAAUAGACAAUAUAGAGAAGAAUAUUAUGCGGUCUAACGAUUAUGUGGAGAAAGCCCGAGAGCAGCUAAGCCAAGCCGUGGAGAACAAACAAAAGGCCAGAAAGAAGAAAUUGUACAUUGCCAUUUGCGUCCUUAUCCUUGUCAUCGUCCUCAUCAUCAUCAUUACUGUGGCUGUGAUGAGUUAAAGGGAAUUGGGUGUCUGGGAGUUCCUCCCCACCCUUCAGACCAAUAUAUACUGACUUAACUCAUGUGGGAGGUUCUUGGACCCUCUGCUACCACCAAUCGCUUUCCAGCUUGUUCUCCUCCUGCCAGAGAGGGUCGGUGUCUCCUGGAAGCUCACAAUCCACUCAGGGGUCAGACUGAAAUGCUGUGGUGCCUUUAAUUCACUUCUUUUAUUCUGUGUUUGUUUUUUUUUGCACGUUAUGCCUUAUUCCUGCUGUUCAUAAAGUGCUUUAUAAAUGAA